AUUCUUUCGUGAAGGCACAUGCUGGAGCCAUCAAGGCUGAAACCAGGAAAUCAAAUCUUUUCAAGGUAAGGCAGAGAGAUAAUGAAAUGCUCAGAGAAUUUGUGUCUCGAUUUCUAAUAGAAUGGAUGGACCUGCCACCAGUCACCGACGAUUGUGCAUUUCAAGCUUUCACCCAAGCAAUUAAUAUUCGAAGCUCGGUGGCCUCGCAGCAGUUGAAGCAAAAUUUGAUAGAUUAUCCGGCUGUCACUUGGGUCGAUGUGCAUAAUCGACCCGUCGACAUAAUUAAGAGGGAUAUUGAUCGAGAACCAAGGUCGAACAGAGAUCGGUACCAGUCAUAUAGUGGAGAUCGCGGGAGCAGCGAACCUGGGCGGAAUCUUGCACAAAGGAGAAGUGAUCGAGGUCAGAGCUCUCGAGGGCUCAUGAAUAGGAGCAGCUUCGACAAGCCUAUCGGACCCAAAGAAGAACCUCGAUUAUCAGAAUAUAACUUUUAUGUUGAUGCAACCACCAUCGUAUCAGCUAUUGAACACAUCAAGGAUACCAUAUGGCCUCGACCUCUACAAACCCAUCUAGCCCGAAGAGAUCCCAACCAAAUGUGCGAAUAUCAUGGCACCCAUGGCCACAAAACGGUAGAUUGUCGGCAAUUAAGAGAAGAAGUAGCCCAGUUAUUCAACAACGAGCAUCUUCGGGAGUUUCUGAGUGACUGA